CUUGAGUCCUUGCAGCCGACGUCUUAUGGGGUUUCCUUUGUUUUUUGGGCGCUAUCCACGAUUUCAACGAGCCUGCGCAUAUACUCGCGUGGAUGGAUUAUCCAGAGCUUUGGCUGGGAUGAUUGGUGGAUGAUCUCAGUCAUGGUUGCGAACACAGCACAACAAGCACUCUUUUGUCUGUUUCUUUAUCACGGGGGUGGACUACCCUGUUCAUAUCCCCUGCGAUCUUUGAAUUUGACUCCGGCUCACAAUCCGCAGAUGCUCUUUGCAGAAGAGAUACUCUACAUAUGGAUGCAGUUCGCCAUCAAGCAGGCUUUCUUGCUCUUCUAUCUUCGGUUGACACAAACGACUUCCUUCAUCUACAGCGUAUAUGCAACAAUGGCAUUGAAUAUAGCAAUUGCCGUCGCUCUGUGGCUGCUCUACUGCCUCCAAUGCCAGCCCCUGGCGGCCUUCUGGAACCAGAUGGCCUACCCAGAUGCCAAGUGCCUCGACACCGCCAUCACCUACUACGUACCCGUUGCGUUGAACAUCCUCACAGACUUCAUCAUCCUUUUCCUCCCCAUCCGUCCUCUCUGGGCCCUCCAAGCCAGCCUGUCCCGCCGUCUAGGCGUCAUCGCCGUCGUUUCCGUCGGCGGCAUCGCAGUCAUCGUCUCCUGCCUCCGCAUCAUCGUCCUCCAUCAAUUCGCAGUCAACCCAGACUUCACCUACAUCCUCGGCCAGAUGGUCAUCAUCUCGGCCGUCGAGCUCAACGUCGCCAUAAUGGCGGCCAACGCGCCGUCUUUCAAGGCCAUCUGG